AUGACUACUUGUCUUGUUCUCAAUCCCUUCACAAUCCUUCACGCCCCCUUCACAGACGGCGAGUUCAGCCUGAUUCACAUACCAUUGCCUCUAUACUCUUUACUACUGCAGCCAAUCUUGAGAGUACUGUUACCAUACAAAGAAGCAGGCUCAUCAGAUGAGAAUGAAGAUGAGGAAAAUAGUCUUAUAUUCGACCAAGAGCAUGGUUUCCUCAAUAUCAGUGUAACUCCAAUUGAAUGCUCAGUUGUCUGUCACAAAUCUUGGGCUGAGACUGUCUUUCAACCAAUUAUCAAUACACUUGCCAGAGAUGAGAACAACAAAGUUCAAAUAUCAACUGAUAGCUACAUUGUUUUCUCUGUUGAUAGUACUGGCACUGAUGCAGGUCAAAGAGUCAUGGAUCUCACUUCACCUCUCGCGAUGGCUGGCGUCCCUAUCUUCUUCAUCACCACUUACUACACUGAUUUCAUCCUCGUCCCAUCCAAAGAUCGUCAUACCGUGGGCCAAACUCUUAUAUCCCGCGGCUUUGAAUUCUCUGAAGAAGAUUCCGCCUACGUUGUUCCAACCCCCUCACAUUCCCGCGGCCCUAGUUCUAACUCCAAUUGCAAUCCUCCUUCCACUCCACCUCCAUCCAAUAUUGCCGAACUCCAAGCCCGCACUUUCAAACAUCUCAAACGUCGCAAUGUGAAGCCUUUCGUACAGCCAGGCUUACGAUUGGUUCAAUGUUCGGGUCGAGACCGUAUGAUUGAAGAACGAGCAAUUUCCAACGGUAACGGCAACGGUGCGCAUACUUCCUCUCCCCUCGAUACAAUGAACACUCGUCUCUACAUGUCAAUCGUUUCGGCACUUAUCCACCAACCUACUUUCCUCUCACUCACCAUCUCUCUCGAAGAAGGCUCUUCUCUCCUCCUUGACAAAGCUCUUCUUCCUCUAUUUGGUUCCUCGAUCCAAGGUGAUACCGAUGGAGAUCUAGUACCAAUUUUUCUUGAUCUAGUUGAUCUACCAUUGGAGAGUACAGGAAUUGUUUGUGGCGUAGCAGGAAAAUUAGUGGAUGAGAUGAGGUCAAAUGAUAAACCCGAGGAAGAAGGUGGUAAUGCUUUUGGACAGGAAUUGUCGUAUUUGAGUACAGCGAGAGCUGGAGCAGUCGUGUUGAGUGGAGAAGGAAGUGAAAGGGCAUUGGAGAUGUUGGGUGGAUUAUUGGAUCAGGAAGGAGAAUGA